GAGCACAUAUGAAUGUCAUUAAAAUGAAAAUGGACAGACCAAACAACAACAAACAAACCGCACCAGAAAAAGAAGGCCACGCUCUCUGUCACUUCCCUCCUAUUUCUUCCCCCUCUCUCUCCCCCCUUUGUCUUUGCCAAUCUUAUCUCUCUCUCUCUCUCUAGAUCUUCUCCUCCUCCUCCUGCAACUUCUUCCCACAGUUCUUGAUCAAGCUUUAAGUUUUACUCAGAAAGGAUUCCUUUUUAUUGAUCUUCUUUACUCAUUACGUUUUUGUAAGAAGAGGAACGGGGGCUUAAUACACUAAAAGAAAAAACAGAAGUUUAUAGGAGAAGAAUCAAGAUGCCCUGGACAUCCUUCUACAUGUUUUUCAACAGGACUUGCACUCGUCUCGUUGUCUUUUUCCUCGUGAUUCUGUAAAUUUCCAUACCUUUCAGGCGUUGUUUCCGAAAUUUCGGAGUAGCUCUUUGUUGUAGUUGUUGUGUCUGUUUUAGUGUGAGAAUGUGCUUUGUUGGAAACAAGAAGGGAGCAUUGAAAGAAAUAGGAACCUUUAUGAUGACUACAUGUUUCAUUGCUAAUUACCAAUCCGUUCAAGUUUCUCAGAACAAUCAGUAUCCCCACUUCUCUGACGAAAUGGGUGAUGGGAACAUGAACUUCCCUUAUUCAUCAUCCUUUGAUGAUUUGUUCCCACCGUGCGCCAAGUUACCAUUCCAUGGCGUUGAACUUCAACCCUCUCCGGUCUGUCCCAAGAACUUUGUUAUUUUCGACCAGACGUAUGACCACAGCCAAGUCAUGUACCAUCCUGACCUGACACCUAGGCUCGUGAAUUCCGGAUUGGCUUCCACGUUUCAGAACGAGUAUGCUGGGGGAAGUUAUGGUUAUAACUAUGGCCAAGAAGUCUAUGGUAACUAUGGCGGCGGCCAAGAAGUAGUCUCCUCUUCUUACCAAGAAGAUCCUAACGAGAUUGAUGCUCUCUUGAGCACAGAUGAGGAUGAUGAGGGGGAGGAGGAUGGUGGGGACUCGGAAGAGGUCAGCACGGCUCGUAACGCUUCAAGGGAUUAUGGGAAUACAUCUGCUGAGUCUUGUUGCUCAAGUUAUGGGUAUAAUAGCUCGAGAAGGAAGCAGAGUUCGUCGGGAAGCGCUGCUAGUAGUUCUAAUAAUGAUGGGAAAGGAGGAAGGAAGAAGAAGAUGAAGAAGAUGAUGGGAAUGUUGAGGAAGAUUGUCCCUGGAGGUGAAGAGAUGAAUACAGCUUCCGUUCUUGAUGAAGCUGUUCAGUACCUCAAGUCUCUUAAACUUGAAGCUCAGAAACUUGGCGUUGGACAUUUCUCAAACCAGUCUUGAAUUGUAUCUGGACCGUUUCCUGGCAAGUAAACCGGUCCUGGCUCUAUCUGGACCACUCUCUCCUCUCUUGGGAUCUACUUAAGAUCAUCUUAUGAUGUAGUAUGUUGAAUCUCUCUCUCUCUUUUGUGUGUGUUUGCACAAGCUGGUACUUGUGGAUUUGAUUUGAGUUUGGUUUUGUAUCGUUUGAACUUUUACUGUAAUCAUUUGUCAUUUGCUUAGUAACUUUAUGUAUUUUGCAUCUUAUUUAUAAGAAAACAUUUGGUCU